AAGUACCCACUGGUGCUUUAAGUGCUGUUCACCCGAGGAAAGGCACAACCCGUCUGCGCUGCUUUGUAAAAAAUGGACUAAAAAACAUUCACACUUAUUUUUACUGCUGACAAUCAGGCAGCCUGGAGAACAUCAGAAACACUGAAGUAUGAGGACAGAGUUGAGAAACAACACAAGGCACACCAAUUUGUCACAGGUCAUCCCUCCUUCCCCUGCAGUGCUUCCCAUUACUUCAGAGAGAAACAGUUCACUUGUAGCGUCUCCGACCCCAGUCACUGAGAAACCCAGACCCAGUGGGAUUGUCCCAGGUUGCUGAUGGCUUUCACAAUCACCGGAAUGAGAAGAUCCUGGCUGUUGCUGCUAUGUGGAGCUUGGUUCAGUGUUCUCAUUCUCAUGAUCGCACGGAUCAUCCAAGAAAAGAGAGUGAUUAUGUAUAGAUCGCUGAUGUUCGGAAAUGAAUCUCCAGAGGAUAUGUGUGACUGCGAUAAAAUUUUACAGGGUGAUCAUAAUGAGCUUGAAUGCGCUAAGAUUCUGACCUUGAAAAAGAGCUUUAAGUACAGAACACAGAUCACAAAUGAACGAUAUGUCAUGCAGACAGAAGACUGUGAAAAGUUCCGGACUACUCGUAAAUACCUACUGUUCCCAUUGAGUGAGGAGGAAGCGGCGUUCCCAUUGGCAUAUUCCAUUGUUGUUCACCACAAGGUGCAGAAUUUUGAGAGGCUACUCAGGUCCAUAUACAGCCCUCAGAAUUUCUACUGCAUCCAUGUGGACCAAAAAGCCCCUCACUCUACAAGGAAGGCUAUCAGCGGCAUUGUCUCUUGCUUCGAUAAUGUUUUCUUAGUCAGCCAGGCUAUAGAAGUGGUCUACGCCAGCUGGAGUCGCGUCCAGGCUGAUAUCAAUUGUAUGAAGGAUCUUUACCAGGUCAACAGCCAUUGGAAGUACUUCAUCAACCUGUGCGGUCAGGACUUCCCAAUCAAAACCAACUUGGAGAUGGUGCGUAUGCUUAAAAAGCUAGGUGGUGCUAACAGCCUGGAGACUUAUACCACACCCGUUCAUAAGGUAUCCAGAUGGAAACAAAGCUUCCAAGUACAAAAUGGCAUAUUAAUAAGAGCCAACAAAGACAAAAGUCCACCACCCUUUGGUCUUAAGAUUUUCUCAGGUAUCGCAUACAUAGUGGUGAGUCAUGAAUUUGUGCGCUAUGUGCUUGAAGACCCCAAAGCACAGGUGUUGAUAUCAUGGAUAAACGAUACCUACAGCCCUGAUGAAUUUCUCUGGGCUACAUUGCAACGUAUGCCUGGUGUCCCCGGGUUCCUUCAUGCACACUCUAAAUUUGACAUCACAGACAUUUAUAGCAUCUCCCGGCUAAUCAAAUGGGCAGGGCAUGAGGGGGGAAUUGAUGCAAUGUACCCUCCCUGUCAGGGUAUUCACGUUCGGGGAGUUUGUGUAUAUGGAGUUGGGGACCUGAAGUGGAUGCUAGAACAUCACCAUUUAUUUGCUAAUAAGUUUGACACAGAUUUUGACCCAGUUGCCAUUCGAUGCUUAGAGAAGUACCUCAGACACAAAGCGCUAAAUCAAUCUGUUUAUUUCCGUCCCGUUCCAAAACCAUUGGGGAUAAUAUGGAGUCAUAUACUUCGAUGAAAAAUUCUCCACUUUUUGGGUUGAGUUCUCCCAUACCGUGUCUAUAUGGACAUCUUUUUUAUAUGUCAGGUUUGGACUCUUUGGGUUCCAAUGUUGUAAAACAGGGAAGAAAAUUGUAUGCUUUGAAUUUUGUGGAAACAGUUUGGGAAAUGGGGGGCACGGUGGCUUAGUGGUUAGCACGUUUGCCUCACACCUCCAGGGUUGGGGGUUCGAUUCCCGCCUCCGCCUUGUGUGUGUGGAGUUUGCAUGUUCUCCCCGUGCCUCGGGGGUUUCCUCCGGGUACUCCGGUUUCCUCCCCCGGUCCAAAGACAUGCAUGGUAGGUUGAUUGGCAUCUCUGGAAAAUUGUCCGUAGUGUGUGAUUGUGUCAGUGAACGAGAGAGUGUGUGUGUGCCCUGCGAUGGGUUGGCACUCCGUCCAGGGUGUAUCCUGCCUUGAUGCCCGAUGACGCCUGAGAUAGGCACAGGCUCCCCGUGACCCGAGGUAGUUCGGAUAAGCGGUAGAAGAUGAGUGAGUGAGUGAGUUUGGGAAAUGACCACAUACAGGUGAAGGAUUUUGUGUCCAGUUCUUGCAUGCAUAAUCAGCACUGAUAUUUAUAUGUAAUCAACGUCUGAUGUUCCGUUGCCCCUCCAGUAAUUAACAUAUCACUGUGAAGGGGAAACCAAAUGGAUGGUUUUGACAUUGUGCCUGUGUCACACCUGUAGUUAACAUAAUGACCUACUGUAUAUGCAAAGCAAUCAACUGAUCGACUACACAGGAUGGACCUUCUGUCCUGACCAUUGUACUGUAAGUUCUUCAGUAGAAGGUCCUAACUGUAUCUGUCUAUUGUUAAAUUUAUACUGAGUCUUUGUUUUUCUUUAGCUUUCUUUUCUUUACAGUGCUGUUUUCCUUUUUCUUUUUUUUUUUUUUUUUUGGUAGAAGGUACAUUUUAUAGUUCAUAAUAAGAAUUCUUAAAUAGAUUGAUCCUAGCUAGAAAUUUACAGAUUAAAGCUUUCAUUUAUUUAUUUUUUCCACUGAAAAGGUGUCACUCAUGUCUACACACCCAAUAUGGUUUGAUAUUAGAUAUUAUAUUACGUGAUAUUUAUGAUACAACAACCAAAUUUAUGUGGCAAUAAACAGUAUGAAUGGUGAGAAAAAAAAUAACUGUGCUACGGUUCACCAUGUUGCUUUGUUCAAUGCACCGUCGCGUAUUACGAAACGACAACAACAUAGAAAGCAAAAAAGCACAUUAAGACUAGCUAUUUUAUGCUAAAUUAAUUCUCUAGAUUAACAGGGAAUUGAACGGGAAGUGCAAAUGCAUUAUAUACAGUAAGAAAGAUUCAAACUUAACUCAGCGUUAUCCCUUCGUGUGUAUCUCGAAAAUAUUAGAAUAUUUUCAAUGCAUCCCAGGCGGAAGAUUUACCUGCACUUUUAAUUAAUUGUUUACUCAGAUUAUGAUCAUUUUGUGACGAAGAGAUCAAUACAUGAGAGAUUGGUACUGAUUAAUGGUUUUGUUUGUCUCCAGAGAAUGAAUUCCUCAUCCCGUGCUUAUGAUUUUAUUUUUAUGUUUUUUUUACUGCUAUGUAUGAGUUUGUGUAUGUUGGUGGAGAAAAAAGUAUCUAUUUUGUUUGAAGGAAAAUUUUCCUAAAAGAAAAAAGAAGUUUAAUGGUUAAACAUUUUUCUGUGUGUAUAUCAUA